GCAAGAGUGACACAAAUAUCCGAACUGUGAAUUYAAAUCACCCACAAUUGCAAGCGUUGUUCAUCCUGGACAAGUCAUUCGUACCAGACACAAGCGAUUARAUUACCUAGGUCUAGUGAUCCUAACCACACUUUCUGGUCAAGAUUGCAUCUCAAAGAUGUCUUCAAAUGCAAGCAGCAACCUCACCAGCCAAUGGAAUGGCUUCAACGUUCUCCAAAACCUUCAAGCCGUCAUGACAAGUAUCUACGUCAUCACUUUCGUAGUAGCGUUGCUAGGCAACGUACUGGUUAUCUACGCCGUCUCCAAUUACCAGCACAUGCGUACUACGACGAAUGUUUUGAUCGCAAACAUGGCAGUGGCUGACCUCAUUACUACUAUCUUCGCCAUGACAUACUCCAUAUUUUACCUCUUUAUGCAAAGCCGAUGGUUUGGAGGGGUAGUUGGGACGAUAGCUUGUAAACUGGUCCACUUUGUAAUCGCUACUACCAUCGCUGCUUCUAUAGUCGCACUUUUCCUUGUCUCGUUGGAACGAUUUUGCGCUGUUGUCUAUCCGCUUAAGUAUAUCAAGUUCAUUCACAACAAGAAGCUUCUUACCGCUGUAGUUUGGUUGGUAUCAUUUGCGUCUAUGAUCGUGUUUUUAGUCGUUUACCGUGUGAAUGAAUUCGAUGAUGGCACAUUCUUGUGCCAGAUUGAAUGGAACCCGGAAUUCCAUCCAUACCAUUCCCCAAAGGUGUUUUACUCAUUGGUGUCACUAAUACUCUAUGUCGUGCCUUUGCUCUUUAUGUCAGUCAUGUACAUCAUAAUCAUCAGAAAACUAUGGCGUCGUCGAGUUCCUGGGAAUCGCUCCGAGCUAAACAGACAAGCCGCCAUACGAAGCAGAAAAAGUGUUAUAAAGAUGCUUAUUGUAGUUCUUGUUGUCUUCGCACUUUGUUGGCUUCCUGUCCAUAUCAUGCACGUCCUCAUCAACUUCUUCUACCAUCCGGUAUUCCGUCAGCUUUCGCCAUGGAUAGUGAUGAUGUUGUUCUGGAUAUCGCAUGCUAAUAGCGCUAUCAACCCUUAUAUUUUCAUCACCAUGAACCAAAGCUUCAGAAAGAUAGCACUGAGUGUUCUAUCAAGGUGUAUAAGAGGAAGACGCCAUCGUAUUAAGAGAAAAAGACGGUCAUACUCGUCAGGUCUUUUCAGCCGAAGAUUCUACGCUGGUUUAAAUGAGUACACUUUGACGGAGAAUUCCAUACAGACAGCACGAAUGUCACCCCAAGUCUUACUGAAAGUUAUACACAAUAAGACAACUAUUCAAUAUGGCCGCACAUCUUUUGAGUCUACGCUGUAAGAUUCUUUUAAAGCGAGGGAUAUUUGAACGAAGCAGCUCACGUUCUGCAUUGAAUAGAAGAGGUUCGCUGCCUUUAUUGCUGGAUUUCAAAUUUGAAUACUUUAUCGAUAAAUCAGCUAGCUUAGCCUAGAGUCAUCAUCAGCAUCAUUACGAUAUCAUUCAUCAUCAUGGACAAGGAAAUCCGCAUAUUGCUUGUCAGUAGAACGGCUGUAAAAAGAGCUAUUCUACGCAUGCUCAGAAUCUAGUCUCACUUAACCAGCUUAUUAGUUACUACUUUCUCAUCUUUAUACCAUUCCACCUCUUUCAAAUACCUGUCAAGUUUUCCAAAAAACCACGUAAUUCCCCCACCUCCCUGAAAAAAUAAACAAUAAAUAAUAACUUUUCAGAAUCACCUUCAUAUUAGAUUAUUGUUCGUGUGACGUAUGAUACCGUCACAAUACAUAUAAGCAGUACAUGUAAAAUUAAAAUGACUUGCGAGUUUUUGGUGCAAAUUGUCCGAAACAUGUAAAAUUAGGCCGAUAAUUUGCCGCGUCAUUUUUCCAAUUCACAUGUACAUAACAAGACCACUGGUCUAAUAUAUUUUAUGUGUAUACUUGUUUGAUACUUGUUGCUGGCAAAUGAUCUUUUCUAAUCGUUCUAUUCGUUAUUCGGUCAAAUAGUUACUUUAGUUUUGAACGUUGGCCUUGAGCCCGUCUGUUACUCAAAAACCGCUGAAAUACAAUGAAUAAGACGCCCUAUAGGUGUUCACUGGGUUGCGUGUGUCAUGCACAGAGGCCUAGAACAGCUGAAGAAGCUUGCAAUGUUAGGCAAAAGAUAAUUGAGUGUUUCACAGAUAAGAAUGAUUUCGUUUAACUCGUCUAAGACGAUCUUCUCUCUUAAGAUGUUCUCUACRUGAUAUUAGAAUAAUUGCAGGUUCUGCCCUUGGGCUAUAAAAUAAACAGUUUUGCGUUAUGCAUGUCACACUGACUACUUGUGAAUUUGAUCUUGCGGCAUGACGCAGCAAGAUCAAAUACCCCAAUUUUCUCAGUCAGAAUUACCUAUUAAUAUUCUUAUCUUUUUACUAUCCUUUGUUAUUAUAUUAUUUACUGGGGUAACUGU